GAAAGUAGCUGGGAAAGGAUGAGUUAGGGUGGCUCGCUCAUUUUUAAGUCUUCUUUCUUCCGAUUCUUCGACGAUCUUAACCCGUUUCUCCCCCCACCUGGGGGGCAUUCUGGGCACCCCCGCCAAAAAUGUGCUAUUUUGGAUUAUUGGCGGUCUUGCCAGCUUUGUUUUUCCUGGUGGGUUGCGGGAAAUGCAAACCUCUAGAGGACUGGGACCAAGUGGCUGCCAUGGGAAGGGCCAAUUCGGUUUUUGGAGACAGCAGAAACGAGGAAGAUGACCUGAGCUUUGACUUUAAAACUUUUCUGGAGAACAUGAAGGUGGAUUUUUUGCGGAGUCUGAACCUCUCGGGGGUCCCGACCCAAGACAGAACCAAAGUGGAGCCACCGCAGUUCAUGAUCGAUCUGUACAACAGAUACACCACCGAUAAAUCCACCACCCCUGCGUCCAACAUAGUGAGGAGCUUCAGUAUCGAAGAUGCGGUGUCUAUAACAUCUCUAGAAGGAUAUCCAUUUCAGAAACAUGUCUUGCUCUUUAACCUCUCUAUCCCACGGCACGAGCAGAUCACCAGAGCUGAGCUAAGGCUCUAUGUCUCCUGCCAGGAUGACGUUGAGUUCUAUCACGAACUGAAAGGCAACAUAUCGAUCUAUGACAUCCAAGAUGGAGGCGACUCCUGGGACGGCCCAGAAGGGACAAAAUCAUUCCUCAUGACCCAGCCCAUCCGGGAAAGCGGUUGGAAAAUGUUUGAGGUGUCCAGUGCGGUGAAACGCUGGGUGAGAACGGACCAAUCAAAGAACAAAAACCAACUGGAAGUGGUAGUGGAGAGCCAAACGGUGGGAGAUUUUCAGUGCGGAAAGCUAGAUGUCAGCGUCCCUCCGGAUUCCAAGAACCUUCCGUUUUUCGUAGUGUUCUCAGACGACCGUAGCAAUGGGACAAAGGAAACCAGAAUGGAACUCCGCGAGAUGAUAGGUCACGAGCAAGACAGCAUGCUCAGAAAGCUGUCCAGGAAUGGCCCGGUGAGGGAACGUGAGAGAGAGGAGGAAGAAAUGGAUGACAAAUUUGUCUUCGUCACCGGGCCCUCUUUGGGAAGGAGCAAACGAAGCACUGGCCCCAACAGCCACUGUCAGAGGACCUCCCUCCGGGUGAACUUCAAAGACAUCGGCUGGGACAGCUGGAUUAUUGCCCCCACGGAGUAUGACGCUUACGAAUGCAAAGGAGGCUGCUACUUCCCUCUGGCCGACGACGUGACGCCGACUAAACAUGCCAUCGUCCAGACUUUGGUGCAUCUAAAAAACCCCAUGAAAGCCGGAAAGGCCUGCUGUGUCCCUACCAAACUGAAUGCCAUUUCCAUCCUUUAUAAAGAUGAUGUUGGAGUCCCCACAUUAAAGUAUCAGUAUGAGGGAAUGAGUGUAGCGGAAUGUGGUUGCAGGUAGUACGAAUGCAUCUUGAAGGUCUAAAGGAGGGAGAAGUCGGGUUGGAUUGUGGCUUUGGGGGUGGUCAAAAUUAAGGCCCUUGUAUAAAUCUGUAUAUUAAUGGUAUGAAUGUAAAUAAGCAACCAAGGUGUGAAAAGAAAGAGGAAAACUUAGGAUGCUUCAUCUGGAAUUCUCAGUCUAUUGAAGGAAUGCACGUCAAAGAGCAAAUUGUUGAGAAAAGUGAUCAGGGAGAGAAUGGCAAGUGUUAAGUCAAAACCUAAGAGGGGAAUGAGAAGAAAGAGGAAAACACUGAACAAAAGCAACUCUGAAGAUAGAAGAAUAUUUUCAGAAUAAAUUAAAUGAAAGAACACAGGUUGAUUCGUUAUCUCUAACUUUCAAUUAGAAUAACGGAUUUCCUUGGGGGGGAGAAAUGGGAGCAAUUACCAGGUUUUUGUUGGGGUUUAUUUUUCUGGUAAAUAUUAGGUAUAUAUUUCCCAAAUUUCAUAAGCUUCUGGAUUUUUUAUUUUAGCUUUAAUUUUUUCUGACUCACAUGUUACAAUAUUGGCAGAGCAGGUACUUCUCUAGAAAUAUUACUCUUUUGUGACAUUUGCAAAUGAUGCAAAUGACUAAAUGAAUGCUCGAGGUUCAAACAUCGGAUGGCACACAGAGGACCAUUAAAGCAUUCAUGCUGAAAUUAGAGCUGUGGAACUCAGUGAGUAUUCAACAUUUAACUUAAUCUGAAUCUUGGUUUUGAGAUGAGGGUUCUCUAUUGGAGUGAGAAGAAAGAUGUGAUACCCACAAGAGAUAAGUUUUCAGCUACCAUUUACCCAGGGAAUCUCUGGACAGCUUAGAGAGUUUGGGGAGAAAGGAAAUAUCUCAGAAAAGUAAUUCUCUGUGAUGUGCUUAAAAGUGAUCCAAGUUUCCAGAUGUCACAUUCUAAAACACAUAUUGCUCCUACUGAUGACUAUAAAUACACACCAUUCAUCACACAGAUGUACUAAAUCAAGGUAAAUGCAUAGGACAGAAUUAGGAUGAACUUAUGAAUUUACAAGUCUCUUCUUACAGUGACUGUAUUGAGGGGGAAAAAAUUUAAGGAAAUACCCGAGGAGAUCUUCCACCCUACUUUAAAAAAAAAACAGGUGUUUGAAACCAGAUUGAACUGAAAAAUUCCUAAAGGUUCAUGUGCUUCUGGGGAUCUAUGCAUAUCUGAAUAGUAAAUUGGGGUUUUAGGGGUGGAAAGAGAUGAGGGGAUCUUUCAAAUGAUAAUGCCCCUAGUGUCCUCUCCUUCCUGCUUAGUGUCCAUCUAGGAAAGAGAUGUGGGAAUGUUGCUUCAUAACAUGACUCCUAUUUUAAGUCAUUUAAAAUUUUUCUGUUGCCAUAGAUGUUGGAUUAAAAUGAAACAGUGCUCAAAGUCUAAUACAUCAGUCGAUCACAAAUAACAACAGUUUUGCUAGCCAUAUCAUCAUAGUUUGAAAUAGAAUAUGAGUACUGUGGUUUAUUGGUCAGGAGGUGUCAGUUGGGUAUAAUAGAGAAUAGAGAUGUCAGUGGAGAAACUUAAAUUUUCUUGGGUCAUUUCAACAUCGUAGUCAGCUGUGCAUUCUGUUUGCUUUUCUUUUUCAGAGUUUCUUACCAGAACUCGUCGGGUUAGGAAUGCAUUAGAUUUUACUUCAUUUGCAACGAAAUUUCAGUAAAUUCAUGCAUGUCUUGCUUAUGAACACAGUUAUUUGCAAUGCCCUGUAUUUUUCCUUCUUUUUUAUGGUAUUUGUUAAGUGCUUACUAUGUGCAAGUUACUGUUCUAAGC